CAGGCAGGUCCGCAUGUGCCCUUCGUAUAUGUUUGCUACUAAUUGACCGGUAACGUUGUGGUUGACCGCUGUGGAAGACCAUUGCCACAAAACAAACAUUUUUCCCCAACCACAGGAUGGUGGUUAGAUUUAAAACUUCCUGCGAGUACCACGUCGACUUCGCUGAUGCCAGUUUGUGAUUAGUCUGGACGAAUAAGUAUCAGGGGAAUAGGGAACAAUAGGUAUAAUGCAUUCAUGUACUUCAGAGAGUGAAUUGGCAAUGGAAUGGAAUGUACCCCGUAGCUGCACUUAUUGGAUUCUAGUGCUAGGAGAAAUAGGUUCCAACUGUACCAACUGUAUAACGUGCCGCUCCAACAAAGAACAAUACAAAUUUAAGCAUGGAAGAAAAGAAUGAAGGAGGAAAAGACUGUUGUGACAGUGACGCCAAGGACUUCGAUGAUACCCUUAUACUGAUUGGAGAAUUUGGGAAGUACCAAAAACUGAUUUAUGUGUUACUUUUGACAGUAAGUGUGUUGGCAAGUAUGGUGAACGCAGCCGUUGUGUUCAUAGAAGACACGCCCAGCUUCAGGUGUAAGUUACCUGGUCUUCCAAAUGACACCUUCGAAAUCCAGGGAAAAUGGCACCAAGCUAUGGUUGACGUUUCGUUUAUGAAUGCCACUGAUGAAGAAUGCACCGUUUUUCAAAAUAUCAGCCAUCAGAGGAAUGUCAGUCAAAACGUCACAGAACCGGAGAAAUGUGAUGCAUGGGUGUUUGACAACACCGAUGUGGCAUAUUCCUAUCCGAUGCAGCUUAAUCUCGUUUGUGACGACUCGACAAAGCUGACGAAUGCCUACAUUUUCAACGUACUAGGAUACUUGAUUGGAGGACCGUUAUUUGGGGUGCUGUCCGAUGUUGUUGGACGAAAGAUGUCGCUGCUUCUUGGGUUGAGUAUCAGUGGGCUGGCGGGAAUAGCGUGGGCCGUUUCACCAACCUACGAGUGGAGUGUUGGAAUGCGGUUUAUGUUGGGCUUUGGCAUGAGCAACUUGUAUAAUUUGGCCAGCACAUUUGCUUUGGAGAUGGUGGGUCCCAGCAAACGAAUGGCGGCGGGCACUGGGUUGGCGAUCAUUUAUGCGGGGGGAGGGGCAAUCACUACAGGAAUAGCCUACUUCCUGAGAGACUGGCGCUAUUUACAGAUAGCAGUGGCAACGCCAUUUUUGUUAUUGACUUGUGUAAUGUUGUGGUUUCUGCACGAGUCUCCUAGGUGGUUGCUUACUAAAGGACGCCAUUCAGAAGCUGAGCUAAUCUUAAGACGUACAGCGAGAAUAAACAAGACUACCCUUCCCCAGGGUCUGGUAGAAAAAGUUGAAAUCAACGAGCCUCCAACUUCAAGUGCUCGGGCUUUGCUGCGUGCGCCAAGACUGAUGGUUAAAAUGCUGCUUUUAUUCAUCAACUGGCUUGUCUUGGAUAUGACGUAUUAUGGAAUAAACCUUCAUGCUGGAAACAUGGCCGGAAAUCUUUACCUCAACUUCUUUCUCCUCUCAAUAGUGGAAUUACCUGCGUAUGCAUUGUGUUUCACUAUCGACAGAUUUGGAAGGAAGAAGAUCUACAUUUUGUGUAUGGUAGUGGGCGGCCUGGCAUGUCUCUCGUCUCUCCUUGUGCAGUUAUACUCAAAUAACGAUCUGGAAUCUACUAACUACAUCAAGAUCACACUGUCCACGGUCGGAAAGUUUGGGGUGGCUGCAGGCUAUAAUAUCAUAUAUAUCUGGGGCAUUGAAAUAUUCCCCACCGUUACCCGAAACUUCAGUUUGGGUCUGGCUUCAGUUUGUGCCAGUCUUGGAUCCAUGCUCUCUCCGGUCAUCGUGAGAGAAAUUCAAGUGGAAGGUAUUGGGGAGGAUACCUUGCCGCUUGUGAUAUUUGGAGCCGCAGCCAUAUUUGCAUCGGUGUCUACAAUCCCUUUGCCAGAGACAGCAAACAGAGAUCUCCCUGAAACUGUAGAAGACGCAAACAGUUUUAAAUACCGGAGGCCACGUAGUUCUAGCAAUCAAAGCGGGGGUCAGGCACGAGUACAUCCGAUUGUACUGGAGGAUACUGCAUUGUGAUGAAACGGCUGGUGGUAGUGGUGCCCUUAGCGGUUCCGACGUAACAGAACAUCCACCUUCAAUAUACUUUUAAUGGUUAGGGUUAGCCUGACUUAAGUGGGUCAAAAUCUAGUGCGCAGCUUACCUAUACAAGUGAAUGGGAAGCGGACUCUCUAUCACGGGGAACUCUCUGUCACUUUACACCGGAAUGAUAUUUUUUUUUCAGAUUUUACAAUAAGGGCAUUCAUACAUCUAAUAAAUGUAACUAGUGUAAUUACCAUGGUCGUCAAUUGUGUUAGAGGCAAUUGCUGUGGAACGUUUUGAUUCGGCUGCUGGCUGGUAGCCUGAUGGUGUGAAACAAGCUCUGUUUUCCAAAUGGGGGUGGUAUAUUUGAAUUGUACGCACGUUGGGAGCGGAGCGGCACAACGAUAAAAUUCUAUAUAAACCAUUAGACGAUGUCAAUUUACUAUAACAUGCAGGACGUGAACGAAAAGGUGCUUGGUUUUGUCUCAUUUCGCUAUCCAAUUUUGUUUGGCACGUAACGAAUGAAAAACUGCUCUUUUUAUAUUGCGGUUUGCACAGGUAACGUAUUUGGAGAUAACUUCUUAAAUUUUUAAAUGUGUAAUCAGAUAAUAAUUUGAUUAUUAAUUGUGUUUAUUAUUCAUCUUUGAGAAGUC